GCUUCUCUCCCCUGCUCCAAAUCCCCUCCCCCCUGCUCGGCCACAAACCCACAAUCCCGUGUCUCCGGCCACCGUGCUGCGCAGGCCGAGGCCCGAGCUUGAGCGUUUGGUCUGCUGCCAUGGAUGACGAAUCUAAGUCUGCUCCUAAAUCGGAUGUGAACACCGACGCUGGCGCGGAAGCCGCGGCGGCCGCCGCUCCGCUGCCGCCCUCGAGCUCAGAAACGGCGGAGACGGAGGCAAGGGUUGAGGCGGCGGAUGGGGAGAGCCAGGUGGUUGAGCGGUUGGUCGAGCUUGUGAGCGAGAUCGCGGCCAUCUCGGACUUCAGGAACUCGUACCGGCGUCAGUUCUGCAACCUGUCGCGGCGGAUCCGGCUCCUCGUGCCCAUGCUGGAGGAGGCCAAGGAAGCGCCCACGCCACUUACGGUGGCAUCGGAGGCCGCGCUACGGCGGCUCAGGGAGGCGCUCCACGCCGCCAGGGAUCUGCUCCAGCUCGGCAGCAGCGGCAGCAAGAUCUUCCUGGUUCUUGAUAGAGAGAAAAUAAUGAAGACUUUCCAGGAUGUCACUGCAAGACUUGAACAAGCCUUAGCUGGUAUCUCGUUUGAUGAACUUAAUAUAUCUGAUGAAGUAAGAGAGCAGGUUGAAUUGGUGCAUACUCAGUUCAAAAGAGCUAAGGAACGGUCAGAUUCAUCUGAUGAUGAUCUUUUUAAUGAGCUGAUGUCUCUAUGUAAUUCAAGCAGCAGUGAUAGUGUUGACCCAGAUACUCUUCGAAGGUUAUCUGAGAAGUUGCAGCUUGUCACAAUAUAUGACCUCAAUCAUGAAUCUCUGACCUUGCAUGAGAUGGCUAGUGGCGGUGAUCCUGGUGCAGUUGUUGAAAAGAUGUCAAUGCUCCUCAAAAGGAUUAAGGAUUUUGUGCAGACAGAAGACCCUGAGAUGGGUGCCCAAGCAAGUACAGCAACCAUUUCUACAAAAGACAAUUCAGCAUGUCCUGUUAUUCCCGAUGAUUUCCGUUGCCCAAUAUCACUGGAUUUAAUGAAAGAUCCAGUUAUUGUUGCCACUGGGCAGACUUAUGAGCGGGGGUACAUAGAGAUGUGGCUGGAGGCUGGCCAUGAUACCUGUCCGAAGACACAACAGAAGCUUGCCAAUAAAUCCCUGACCCCAAAUUAUGUCUUACGUAGUCUCAUAACUCAAUGGUGCGAGGCAAAUGGUAUUGAGCCUCCAAAACGCCCUGCUCAACUUAGGGAUGCACCACUGUCAUGUAGUGCUGCUGAGCAUAGCAAUGUUCUUGAGCUUCUUCAGAAAUUGUCUUCCCAAAACCUUGAAGAUCAACGUGGCUCUGCUGGUAUGCUUCGUCAACUUGCCAAGCGCAGUGCUGAAAAUCGUGCUUGUAUUGGAGAUGCUGGUGCUAUUCCUAUUCUUGUUAGUCUGCUAUCAACCACUGAUGUUAGCACCCAGGAACAUGUGGUUACUGCUCUCUUGAAUCUUUCCAUCUACGAAGAGAACAAGGCAAGAAUAAUAUCUUCUGGAGCUGUUCCUGGAAUUGUGCAUGUGUUAAAGAGGGGCAGCAUGGAGGCUCGGGAGAAUUCAGCUGCCACACUUUUCAGCCUAUCUAUUGUAGAUGAGAACAAGGUGACUAUUGGGUGUUCAGGGGCAAUUCCUGCACUUGUGCAGCUAUUGAGUAAUGGAAGCCAACGGGGUAAAAAGGAUGCGGCAACAGCACUAUUUAACUUGUGUAUUUACCAGGGCAACAAGGGGAAAGCUGUAAGAGCUGGAUUGGUACCUAUACUACUAGAACUGCUCAUGGAGACUGAAAGUGGGAUGGUAGAUGAGGCCCUUGCAAUAUUGGCAAUCCUCUCAGGCCAUCCUGAGGGGAAGACAGCUAUCGGCGCUGCUUCUGCAAUACCUGUACUUGUUGGAGUUAUCAGAAAUGGAUCUCCAAGGAACAAGGAAAAUGCUGCUGCUGUUAUGGUGCAUCUAUGCAGUGGUGAGCAGCAGCAACAGCAUCUUGCUGAAGCACAGGAGCAGGGCAUCGUGUCUUUGCUGGAGGAGCUAGCAGAAAGUGGCACGGACAGAGGAAAGAGGAAAGCUGUGCAGCUGCUCGAACGAAUGAAUCGGUUCCUAAAGCAGCAGAGUCAAGCCGAAGCCGAAGCAGAGGCCAUGGCACAGGCUCAUGCACAAGCACAAGCACAAGCACAAGCACAAGCACAAGCGCAGCCUCAGAUCCUGGUUCAAGCUCAAGCACAUGCAGAUAUGCAAGCUGAACGAUCACUACUUCCCACAUCAUCUGACAUUUCGGAUAGAUGAGGUUUUUGAUCAGCAGCUUGUUUUGUCUAGUAACUGGCUUGUUUUUUUUAAGCUCAGGCUGUCAGGUGGAAGAUUGCCUGCAACUGUUAUUGUGGAGGUUUCUGGUUUCUGUUGAACACUGCAAAUUAGGAGGUCUGGGCAGCGUGAUUUAGGUCCAUGAGCAUGUUGACAGGUGGGUUCUGAGUCAGUUUUUAACCUGCGUGUGUUCGUAAAAUGUACCGGUGAUUGAAGGUAGUAAGUAUAUCCUCGAGUUUUAGGAGGUAUCGUUGAACUUGUACCCGGUACGAGCCCAGUACAGGACUAAUUCUGGCGCCCUAGGCUAAGUGCCUGACAAAGUUGCAGGAAAGCUUUAGUUCAGAAAAAUGUUUGUUCAUCGAGUCCGGUGCAGUUGGUUCAGCUGUCUUCUGUGAGUUGUUUGCGUUGAAAAAAAGCGGUUGGUUCAGCUGU